UUGCUGCUCUGAUCAUCAUCAUCACCAUCAGUGUAACGCGCGCGCUCGCACGCACACACACACACUGGUGUAUAACAGCUGUUUGUGCAUUUCACUGCGAAACACAUUCACGUUUUUUAGAACAUACAUUUUUAGUUUAUUUAUUUAUAAUCACUCACGCACGCGCAUAUCUGGAUAUUUAAACUCGAGCUUCCGCACCGGAGCGCGCCUGCGUUAAACACGCUACGUAUGAUGAACAUAUGUUUGAACAUCAGACCAGUCUGAUCUGAAUCACGGACACGACACGGGAGAUUCGGUUUAGGCAAGCGACAUCCCGACACCGCCCGCGUAUUUCACGCGCGUUUCUGUUUCGUGCGCUUCAUCAUCACGCACGCGACGCGCGUCCGUCUGUGAUCACCGGCCGCUGGAGAAAUAAAACUUCACCGUGUGCAUCUGCAAGUCAGACAAACAUCAUCGAAACUCUUUCAUCAACAGCUUUGAUUAGUUUUUACUCCGGGGGCGGCGGCUGCAGGUUCGAGGAGAGGAUGUCCGGGGAAGCGGUUCUGAUACCGGAUGAUCGAGCCUUCAGCAGGUUCAAACAGGAGUGUCAGUCAGAGGAAGGCUGGAGUUUCACCUACAACAAAAACAACAUCAGCGUCUGGAUCCAAGUGCUGGAGGAGGACAAGAGUUUACACAAGAUAAAGUGUCGGAUGCAGUGUAAAGAUAUUCCUGCCGAAACCAUGUAUGACGUGCUUCACGACAUCGAGUAUCGCCGGAAAUGGGACGCUAAUGUCAUCGAGACUUUUGACAUCGGCAAACUGACGGUUAAUGCAGAUGUGGGAUAUUACUCCUGGAAGUGUCCUAAACCACUGAAGAAUCGUGAUGUCAUCACACUACGCUCCUGGUUGCCGAUGGGGAACGAUUACAUCAUCAUGAAUUACUCUGUCAAACACGUUAAAUAUCCUCCAAAGAAAGAUCUGGUGCGGGCUGUCUCUAUUCAGACCGGAUACCUGAUCCAGCGCACCGGACCCAUCAGCUGCACCCUAACUUACCUGGCACAGGUUGAUCCCAGAGGUUCUCUACCUAAGUGGGUUGUUAACAAGUCUUCCCAGUUCCUGGCACCCAAAGCGAUGAAGCGCAUCAGUAAAGCGUGUCUUCGGUACCCCGAGUGGAAACAGAAGCACAACCCGGCGUUCAAGCCGUGGUUAUACCCGGAGCAGAACCCUCUGUCCAACAUCCCGGUGGGUGAGCUCUCCAUACAGCACGCCGAAUCUCUGGAGAACAUCGACGAGAGCUCGCUGAGGGAGAGCAAAGAUGAGCGCGCUGAACACAGCGAUGAAGAGGGACCCAACUGACACACACACACUUCAUUAGAAACCCUUCAAAACACACACUUGAUCAAUUCUGUGCUCACUCCCCUGUCAGAUUUAAUCAUGUAUGCAGACACAAAUAAAAGAGUUUGUGAAGGGAUGUAUUUCAGCCGGCUCUUGCUUGAUGGAUUGAGUCCUGAUCUUAUGUAGCAUGCAGUUUGUCUCCAGACACACAGAGGGCGCCUGUAGAAUCGUUGAGUUCAUCUGUUGUACGACGUCACAGUUUCACGAAUGAUGAAAUGAAUGUAGAAACUGAAAACAAAUAAAGAAACGCCUGGUUUUGGAGCGCUCUUGUGUUUCUU